UUCUGGGACUCGUAGUUUCCCCACCGUGCUUACUCAAGGCAAGCGUUAUCUCUCGGUCGACUGUUCGGGUGUUGUCUUUGACCCCUCUGCCUUCCCGUAGCCUCCGACUUCUGACUUGGGUACAGAGGCACUGCCCCAGUGACAGAGGUCGCCGGGCCAUGGUGCUCCGGUUCCUCCGAACUCUCCGUCUCCUCACCGGCAGAGCUGCGGCACCUACUCCCAGGAUCGCCCUUCGCUCUUUAGCGGCGGCGGACUGAGCGGUGUUAGGGCCCCCAUGGCAAUGCAAGAGUGCGCUAACCGCGAGAUGGAGUCCCAGAGGUUGGAAGAGGAGGCAGCGGCAGCCGAAGAAGAAUCUGGAGGAAGCGGAGGACUUUCUUCCGAGACCAGCCAGUUACAGCAACAGACCGAUGGAUGGCAUAGGGUGGAGCGGAAGAAAAAGCAAAGGAAGAAACAAAAAAAGGAGUUGUGCAGUCUUGACGAUUCCAUGCGCUGUUUGAUGAUGGAAAUGCCAUUUGCCAAAGCAGAUAUUGAGACUGAAUUUGGCGACAACUGUACACCUAAAUCAAAUGUUAAGAGAAAGAGAACUACAGGAAUGGAGAACGAAGGGGAGAAUCUAAUAAAGAAAAGAAAGAAAAAACAGGAUCGGCCAAAUCAUUUCAUCUCUCUUCCAAUUACAAAUCCAAAGAUCAUGGGUGAUAUUAAGGAUCUUCAAGAUACAAUAAUAAAAAAGGAUGGCAGGCUCUCCAAAGCAAUGGUUCGACAUGGCUCUUUGCAUGUCACUCUCUUAGUGAUGUAUUUAUCCAGCGAAGAAGCGAUUGACAAAGCAGUUGGUGCUUUCCUGGAGAGUAAAGAUUUAAUAGAAGAACUCCUACAAGAGAAGCCCCUGGAUUUAUCAUUUCAAGGAAUUGAUCACUUUAGAAAUCAAGUUGGAUUUGUGAAGUUGAGAGAGAGUGAUCAUGAAGCAACACUUGUAAAGAUCUCAGAGAUUGUGAAGAAGAUGUUUAAAGAAAAUGGCAUCCUUGCAGGAGAUGACAGAGCUCUUAAUCCUCACUUGACCUUCAUGAAGCUGUCAAAAUCCCCAAAACUUCGAAAACAGGGAGUGAAAAGAAUUGACCCAGCUUUGUACGAGAACUUCAAGAGCCAUUAUUUUGGAGAUGAACUCCUUAAUCGUCUGGAUCUUUGUUCAAUGAUCAAAAAAAAGCAACCUAAUGGCUACUAUCACUGUGAGUCCUCUAUUACUGUAGGUGAAAAGAGAGGGGCAGAGCCAGAUGAUGCGGAGUUGCUGAACCUCAGCAAAAGACUGGUGGAGAAUGCAGUCCUCAAGGCGGUGCAGCAGUAUCUAGAAGAAACUCAGAACAAAAAUAGGCAGACUGAUUGCGAAAACCCAGGGAAAACUGAGGAGGCAACCAUUGGCAAUAGCAAGGAAUUUGAGAAUGAUAAAAGCGAAUGAGCACUUUGGGAGCCAUGAGGCAGACUACCACAAAUAUCCAUGUCUUUGGCCUGUAGGUCAGCUCUGCUGAAUUGCCAUGGCCAACUUGAGUUUGUUAUUGUCUGGUAUCAGACACCUCUUCUGAACAGGAGACCCUAUCUUGCAGAGCUUCAUGACUCGGAUACCAAUGCUGCUAAGAAUAAAACCACUACUGAAUCCUGGGAAGAAAGACAAGACAGACAGAGAGAGGGAGGGAGGGAUGAAUGGGCCUGGCCAAUAAAGAGGCCCACUUCAGUCAGUCUCAGCUGCAGAAAAACUCUUCAUUGCACUUGAAGAGAACAGAGCUCGUGUGAUGAAAACAAAUCUCCAAAGAAGAUGAGCUAGCCAAAUUGUAAAUGAUGCCAUUCAUUUUGCUGCAAAGAACUACAGAAUAUAACUUGAAAUGUAUUCAAAAUGAAGACAUUUUUGUUGCACUGGAAAAAGAAACACUGCUCAGAAGUGUGGUUACUACUGUCAGUCACUGCUACUGUUAUCCAGCGUGUUACAAAAUGGGAAUUGUUCAUGAUACCCUAUCAUUAUGUUUCAUGGUUAAGUAACUUUUGCAUACUCAGAUUAUAUAAUUUUGACUAAACAUUACAUUUUACAUGAGAAGCACAUAUGUGUUUCUCAAAAGAUGCCAUCUUUUUGAUAACUUUGGUUCCAUUAAUAUUUUAGACAACCGUUAAUUGUAUGCAAAAUUGUACCACCUUUUUCUUUUAGGGAAAAGCCAUGAAACCGAUGUAGUAAAGGAAGCUUUGCAGAAAGAACUGUUGGCCCUGUUAUCCAAACUGAAUCAGAUAA